UGGCGCCUAAGCAGCUGGAGGAAGUAGCAGACGCGCCGAGUGGUGGCUAGCCAGCCAGCCUGUUGCCUUCAGCAUUUAACAGCCUCUCUCAUUCGGUCAAAGAUGCAUUUUAUCCUUCUUUCCUGAGUCUUUGCUUUGUGUAUCACAUCAGGUCCCACGGCUCGGCUUGCGAUGUCAGACAAAACUGAGUUGCGCUCUCCAAACUUCUUGCUCAAGUCUUUCUUUGCUGGUGGUGUGGCCGGCAUGUGUGCUAAGACAACAGUAGCUCCACUGGAUAGAAUCAAGAUACUUCUUCAGGGUCACCAGUGCCACUACAAGCAUUAUGGUGUAUUCUCAGGCCUCAAGGGCAUAGUGCAGAAAGAGCAGUUUCUUGGCCUGUACAAAGGCAAUGGAGCACAGAUGGUCCGUAUUUUCCCCUAUGCUGCCGUACAGUUUCUUUCGUUCGAAGCAUACAAACGAGUUAUACGAAACACCUUUGAAAAUACUUCACAUGCGAGCAAAUUUGUGGCAGGCUCGUGUGCAGGUGUGACUGCUGCAGUGACUACUUACCCACUGGACAUGGUCAGGGCAAGACUGGCAUUUCAAGUAAAUGGCCACCACAUCUACAAUGGAAUUGUUCAUGUUGUAACCUCAAUUGUCAAGACGGAAGGUGGCAUCAAAGCACUGUACAAGGGUCUUUCUCCAACAGUUCUUGGUAUGGUGCCUUAUGCAGGGCUCUCCUUCUACGUGUUUGAGCGCUUGAAGGCCUUUUGCCUUGAAGUGUUUCCCAACACCUGUGGUCGUCCGUACCCUGGUAACACCGGUGGUAUUGUGCUCGUCGUUCCUGCCAAACUCCUGUGCGGUGGUUUUGCGGGUGCCAUUGCACAGACUUUUUCCUAUCCUCUGGAUGUCGCACGUCGACAAAUGCAGCUCAGCAUGAUGCACCCAGAAAUGAAUAAAUACAGCAAGAGCCUGUUCAGCACGCUGGCCUUGACAUUUCGUGAGCACGGCAUCUCCCGAGGACUGUACCGUGGUAUGAGUGUCAACUACCUGCGUGCGAUUCCCAUGGUGGCUGUGUCAUUCUCUACGUACGAGAUUGCUAAACAGUUACUGGGUCUGGACACUGGUCUCGACUCCUGAUCAUAUCUCAAGCUCUUUUAAUAACAAUGGUUCAUCUAACCGUACCAGCCAGUCAUAAGCAUCAAAGUAAGUCAGCAGCAGGUUAUGGUGUAGCCAUCUCCGUGGUGCUCUUGGCAAGGAGAUUCAUUUGUCAUACGCGAAGGCCUUGCAGAGUACAGACUGUCUGAGCUUCUGUAAUAUGCACACACUAGCACGUUUCUCACAUUUCUGAAAUGUGGCACAGUGCAAGUGCACAUGUGAAACCUGGGCUCUGAACCUUCAGUACACCUAAAGAUGUAACAGCUGUGGGCCAAAGUAAGUUUUACUACGAGCUGUACACAAAGACUGUGUAGUUGGUUGUGCACUUGCUGCUUUUACGUUUAAAAAAUCGGAGGAAGUAGUUUGCCUGGAAGUCUCUGUGUAUCAGCAAUACUCCAGACACCUAAUCAUUAACCCACCAGCUGUUAUGCCUACACAGCUUCUACUCAACCCGGCUGUGAUUUAACACAUAACCCAUCGAGAUUCAUUUAAGGUAGAUGCCAGGAGCUUCCAUAUAAGAGCUGUCCAACUUCACGAAGUUUAAUUUAUAAGUCAUGAAAUUUUCAUGUUUGCAUUGGAGCACAAAAUAUUUUGCUGAGAUAAUGUAUCUGCAUUCAUUGCUCAUUCUCUGGAACAGCUUGGGGACUCAUUGAAUACAAGCAUUUCAGUCUACUAACACAGCAUAAUUUCGCACUUCAGUUGCUUGAUCAGGAUAAUUUGUCCUUGUUGAGUUUAGUUUUAUUUUACUUUGCAACAAUGUGCAUCAAGGUGCAAGCCAAUGGCCAUGAACCUUUCAGCACAGCUGUGUAAAUGCUGAAUCAACAGGUGAACACUAUAGUGAAUGAAAGCACAUGUGCAUUAGUUGGCCUGAUUUGCAGAACUCUCAAAUUAGUAUGCAACUUAUUGUCCUAGCAUGUACCCUGUACUGAAGCACAACUACUUUUUGAACCAAUCAAUGCACAGGAAAUGUGGGCGAAGUCCACAUUUCCUGUGCAUUAAAAUUGCAAUGAAGUGAAGUGUGGAGUGCUAUUCUUUUCUGUUCUUGUCAAGCGCAUCCUCCCACACUUUGUAAUGGCUAAUGACAUGCUAAAACAGAGGCUGAUGUAACAUUGAUAGCACCGUGCAAUAAGUUGGCUGAUGUAACAUUGAUAGGACAGUGCAAAAAGUUGUAUUAAUAUAGAUUGGUAAACAGGCAUAAUAAUUAUACAAACAUCAACAGACAAUUUGCAACUGUUUUCCUUAAAGGGGCUCUCCAACACUUUUCAAACCCCUUUAUUCGUGGAAUGAGUCUAUUAAUGGUAGAUAGAUAAAGCAAGAAUGGUACCGACAACGGCAUGCAGUUCGAAGUUAUUUUGUAGAAAUCAAAAAUAGCAGAAGAAAAAAAGCCGACUGCCCUCAACUCUGAUUUCACAAAAUCGCGCGUCCUCACUUUUCAUGCCCACUAUGUAACGUGGCGCUGCCACUGGCAGAGUUCAAAGCACCUGCAUAGCUGAAGUUGGUGUCUCAUGGUUGCCUGAUCACGCUGUUGCCAUAGUAACGAACAAUUUGGCCUCCCACUACAAGGAGUGGGGUGAGGCGAGAAACAUUCACCUCUUGAAUAACAUUCAAGAGUCCACACCCCGCACAAAAUGUUGUUGUUCAACGAGGGUACACAAGAGAGCAGAGACAAACCUCUGGCUAAAGAAGUAGCCAGCACCAGUUUUGUAGUCGCAGAGCUUCUCUCUUUUUUUUUUUUUU